GUCGCGGACGAAAUGGAAUAUUAGACAUGCAAUCUAACGGUAGUAGAAGAAGAGAAGUAGAUCAUCUCCCUCUCCUUUUCCGAUCGCCACUUCUGUGUCCCCGGCUUUUCCUCUCAGUCCCUCGCAUAGUUUCUUCCUUAUCCUCCCCCUCCCCUCCUCCUUUUCUCCCUCACUCGCUUUCCGUCUGUGUCUCGCGCUCUCGGAGUGUCUGCUCCGAGUUCCUGGUUGGAUAAUUUGGGUUAAUACUAGUGAGUGAGGUUUUUGCGGCUUCAAAGGGUAUUUCAAGUUUCCGGAGCUCCUCCCCUCUGCACCGUGUGACAACAACAACUCGUCCAGCCGGCAGCCUGCACUUUUCAGCUCAUUUUCUCUCUGUCAUUCCCCUCUCAAUCUUUGAUCAAUGUACUUGCCAGGGAGAACCCAAGUCCUUCAAACCUCCUCCUUUUCACCUUCAUCCUUAACUUUGUGCUAGAGCGGGACCCACACAACAACAGCCGACCCUCCCCGCCCCCGCCCCCCCCCCAAACCAGCCCCCGAUCCCAGCCCCCGGAGAGGACUCGCAUUUCGACUUGCGGGACACUUUUGUGCGUUUCUCUCCAGAGCGCCUCUCGCGCUCGCCCCUCCUGCACUCGCUCUUUCUUACCCUCACCUCCUUUUUCCCCCCUUUCUCUCCCUUUCUCCUUCUCGUUCUCCCCUAGAGUUGUUGUUCUCGUUGCCCCCUAGCUCCUUCUCCCCCCUUUUCCCCCUUCCCCUCCCCGGGGUGUGUGGCAACUUUCCCCCUCGCUUCUCCUUCUUCUGUUUCCCCUUAUAUGUGACCAUGGCAGUGCCGGCGGCUUUGAUCCCUCCGACCCAGCUGGUCCCCCCUCAACCCCCGAUCUCCACGUCUGCUUCCUCCUCCGGCACCACCACCUCCACCUCCUCGGCGACCUCGUCUCCGGCUCCGUCCAUCGGGCCCCCGGCGUCCUCAGGGCCAACUCUGUUCCGGCCGGAGCCCAUCGCUUCGGCGGCGGCGGCGGCGGCGGCGGCGGCGGCCACAGUCACCUCCACCGGCGGCGGCGGCGGCGCGGGCAACGGAGGCGGCGGCGGCGGCGGCGGCGGCGGCAGCAACUGCAACCCCAGCCUGGCGACCGCGAGCAGCGGCGGCGGCGGCGGCGGCAGCGGCGGCGGCGGCGGCGGCAUUAGCGCCGGCGGCGGCGGCGCCUCCAGCACCCCCAUCAACGCGAGCACCGGCAGCAGCAGCAGCAGCAGCAGUAGCAGCAGCAGCAGUAGCAGCAGCAGCAGCAGCAGCAGCAGUAGCAGCAGCAGCUGCGGCCCCCUCCCCGGGAAACCCGUGUACUCGACCCCGUCCCCAGUGGAAAACACCCCUCAGAAUAAUGAGUGCAAAAUGGUGGAUCUGAGGGGGGCCAAAGUGGCUUCCUUCACGGUGGAGGGCUGCGAGCUGAUCUGCCUGCCCCAGGCUUUCGACCUGUUCCUGAAGCACUUGGUGGGGGGCUUGCACACGGUCUACACCAAGCUGAAGCGGCUGGAGAUCACGCCGGUGGUGUGCAAUGUGGAACAGGUUCGCAUCCUGAGGGGACUGGGCGCCAUCCAGCCCGGAGUGAACCGCUGCAAACUCAUCUCCAGGAAGGACUUCGAGACCCUCUACAAUGACUGCACCAACGCAAGUUCUAGACCUGGAAGGCCUCCUAAGAGGACUCAAAGUGUCACCUCUCCAGAGAACUCUCAUAUCAUGCCACAUUCUGUCCCUGGCCUCAUGUCUCCUGGGAUAAUCCCACCAACAGGUCUGACAGCAGCAGCCGCAGCAGCUGCCGCUGCUACCAAUGCAGCCAUCGCUGAGGCAAUGAAGGUGAAAAAAAUAAAAUUAGAAGCCAUGAGCAACUAUCAUGCCACUAAUAGCCAACAUGGAGCAGAUUCCGAAAAUGGGGACAUGAAUUCGAGUGUCGGACUGGAACUUCCUUUCAUGAUGAUGCCCCAUCCUCUAAUCCCUGUCAGCCUACCUCCAGCAUCUGUCACCAUGGCAAUGAGCCAGAUGAACCAUCUCAGCACCAUUGCAAAUAUGGCAGCAGCGGCCCAAGUUCAGAGUCCCCCAUCCAGAGUUGAGACAUCUGUCAUUAAGGAGCGUGUCCCAGACAGCCCUUCACCUGCCCCCUCUCUGGAGGAGGGCCGGAGGCCUGGGAGCCACCCAUCAUCCCAUCGGAGCAGCAGCGUGUCCAGCUCCCCAGCACGGACUGAGAGCUCCUCGGACAGAAUCCCUGUCCAUCAGAAUGGAUUGUCCAUGAACCAGAUGCUGAUGGGUUUAUCACCAAACGUACUCCCUGGGCCCAAAGAGGGAGAUUUGGCUGGUCAUGAUAUGGGACAUGAAUCGAAAAGGAUGCAUAUUGAAAAAGAUGAGACCCCGCUUUCCACACCAACCGCAAGAGACAGCCUCGACAAACUUUCUCUAACUGGGCAUGGACAACCACUACCUCCAGGUUUUCCACCUCCUUUCCUGUUUCCUGAUGGACUGUCUUCCAUAGAGACCCUUCUGACUAACAUACAGGGGCUCUUGAAAGUUGCCAUAGAUAAUGCCAGAGCUCAAGAAAAACAAGUCCAACUGGAAAAAACAGAGCUGAAGAUGGAUUUUUUAAGGGAAAGAGAACUGAGGGAAACACUCGAGAAGCAGUUGGCUAUGGAACAAAAGAAUAGAGCCAUAGUUCAAAAGAGACUAAAGAAGGAGAAGAAGGCAAAGAGAAAAUUACAGGAAGCCCUGGAAUUUGAGACAAAGCGACGUGAGCAAGUAGAACAAACACUAAAACAGGCAGCUUCUACGGAUAGUCUCAGGGUCUUAAAUGACUCUCUGACCCCAGAGAUAGAAGCUGACCGCAGCGGCAGCAGAACAGAUGCUGAAAGGACAAUACAAGAUGGAAGACUGUAUUUGAAAACUACUGUCAUGUACUGAAUUUUUCCUGUUGAAGAAAUCCAUGUUAUAGUAAAGAACUUUGCAGACAUUCGUCAUUGGAAAGUUCGGAAAAAAAUAAAAGUCCUUUUAAGGGAACUUCCUCAAUUUUGUGUAUUAAUGUUCUUUAAAAGUUUAAGUAUUCUACAAAAACAAACAGUUUCCUCCAUUGAUUUUCACCUGUGGUUCAUACCAGAGACCUGAGAAUGUUUGUAAAUGUACAGGUAUCCAACUUCUUACAGUUAAAAAUUGCAACUUUGCUGCUGGACACUUGUAUACCGAGUUAAAGGCAGGUCUGAGUAAGGCCUCGCUUUGGGUUUUUUUUUUUUUUUUUUUUUUUUUUUUAAUGGAAUGAACAUUUUCCUCCUCUGAAAAUUCUGUAUCUGAGUACAUCAAGAGACUCUUGUACCAGUUGUCACCCAGACUUACAGAAUUAUGUCCUCCAGAAACCAGCAAGAAAACUUGGAAAUGAACUUGUAGGGGGCAUAGAGGAUUCCUAAAAAAACAAAAAAACAAAAACAAAAACAAAAACAACAAAAAAACACAAAAAAAUAAAUAAAACAAAAAAAAACAAAAAAAAUCAGUAAAUCAAAGAGUAAUAUUCUAUUACAUUCGAUUUUAAACUAAUUGUGGGUUUUCUCCUGAAGAUUUUUUUCACAUACUUCCAAAAGACCAACAAAUGGAUGUUGACAACAACCCAGUGAAAUACCAUUUUGCAUAUCUGAAAAGAAGCAUUGAAUAUAAGCCAAAAGGUUUCACUGAAGGUCUUUUUUCUUAAAAAAAAAAAAAAAAAAGUAACAUGUUUUCAUUCCAAACUGGUAGUGGCAUAGAGAAUUUAAAAUAAUAAUGAUGCUUCUUAUUCAAACUGUUGGUCACAUGUACAGUAUAUAAACAUAAAACAUACAAGGAAGGUAUUAUGUAUGCAGUAGUAUACUAGAGUUUAGGAAAAUGAGAAUUUUAGAAAAUAUGUUUUGUCACCCUGUUAGUCAGAAAGACACCUUUCUGGUUUUAACGCAUGCAGGCAUGUAAAUAUUCGUCUGGAGUCACAGUAUUAAUGAAUGAGAUCUUAAGCAUCUGGUGACAUCAGAACUCUGUCAGCCACUUUUAUUUGUAUAUUGAACCCUAGUUAGUGCCCCAAACUGCACUAUUGAGAAUGGAUUGUGGCUGAACAGUAAAUCAAAACACCAGAAAUAUUUUUAUAUGUUAAUGUCAUAUUAUGUUAAUGUUGCUGAAAAACAGACCCUAACAAACCCUUGAUGUAUCAGUCCAAUACCAUGUAGCACUGAGUGAUAAAGUUAAAAUGUGUUGUGCUUCCCCACCCCCGGUCAGAGGGAAGGGUGCCUAUGUGUUAUUUUCACUGUCUUUUUGAAAGUUACAGUAUGUAUUUUCACUUUUGUGCAGAUAACUGGAAGUAAAGCUGCAACAGUGCUUAUUACACACUGAAGUUACCUUCUCUUUGUUUUUCCUAAUCUGGAGUUACACCUUUAAAGACUGAUAUUAUGAAUCAGUACAGUCGCUGUGCAUUUUAUGAUUUUGCUGUCAUCUUAAAAUUUUAUGAUCAUAGCAUUAUUUAUUACCAUAAAUAGCAAAAUCUGAAAUGUCCAAGAAAACUAGCUUAAAAAUGUGUUUAAAGAUAGUUCUGAUUCGGUGUUAAUUAUUUGGUUAAGAGAAGAAAUUAACAUUACGGAUACUCUGGCACUAAGCUUCUGUAGUUUUUAGGUCUUCCUUGCAAUACUGGAACAUAUUUCUUUUGUGUAGUUUGCUAUUAACCCACUAAGUCCAUUUUUUUACUACAAUGAAAAAGUUAUAUAUACAGUUCCUAUUUUAGCUUGCUUGAAAGGGAGCAAUAUUUUUAUUUAAAAUACUGUUAGUAAAUGCUCUGUAGAAACUUGGUUUUCGAGGCAUCAUUCUUCCAUACCCAUCUUUUGUUGUUUGAGCACAAGAGAUUCUAGUCCUUGUUGUAUGUAUUUCUUGUUUUUCCCUGUACACAGUCUUUAAAGGAUUACAACACUUAAAAUUGGAGGGACUUGUGGCAAGCUUUUGAACCAUACAUUUUUUAAAAGAUUUUUUAAAAAGCCUACAACUUACCUAAGUAGUAGAAUCGACCAUUGCUCUGCUCCUUGCAUAGAGUCCCCUGUUAACUAGGUUAAAUAGUUUUAAUAUGCAUACUUUCGAGACCCUUGAGAAUGCUUUAGUGUUUGGUUUGAUAUAAAAGGAAUUUUAGCAAGGAUUAAAGAAAGAAGCUAUCAGCUCUAUGUUAAGAGAAUCUUACUAACAUGUUGUAAAUAUUACAAUUCAUGAAAUGUUAUUUUAAGUCUGUAACUUAAGUUGUUUCUCCUUUUUUAGUUAUACAGGUUGGUUUGGAAUUUGUUUUCAUUUCGGGUUGGUUUGUUUUUUUUUUUGGUAUAAACAAGUAAAAUUGUGCCCAUUUUAUGGUUUCCAUGCUUUUGUAAUCCUACAAAUAUUAACGUCUAGUUGUUCUAUAUUAUAACCACAUUUGCGCUCUAUGCAAGCCCUUGGAACAGAACAUACUCAUCUUCAUGUAGGACCUAUGAAAAUUGUCUAUUUUUAUCUAUAUAUUUAAAGUUUUCUAAAAAUGAGAAAAGGUUAUUACGAAUUUUGUUGUACAAAAUCUGUACAAAAAUCUGUUUUUACAUCAUAAUGCAAGAAUUGGAAAUUUUUCUAUGGUAGCCUAGUUCUUUGAGCCUGGUUUCAAUGUGAGAACCACGUUUACUGUUAUUGUAUUUAAUUUUCUUUUUUCUUUUCAACAAUCUCCUAAUAAAACUGUCUGAAAUCUCCCUGUGACUUUA